AGGACUGAGGUUUGUUUAUGUCUCUGUUGCUUCCAGAGGACUGAGGUUUGUUUAUGCCUCAAGCUCCUGAGAAAAGAAACACAACACUGACUCCUGAGAAACUUAAUAAUUAUCUAGUUUCUCUCCACAGCAGCAGGUGUUGCACCGGAGUGAAGCUCAUGUCCCGGUUCAGCCUCCUGCCGGUGGAAGGCGGAGAUCCGAUCCCUUUGCAGCCGGGAGAGACGGUGGUGGGCCGGGGUCCUUUACUCAGAGUCAGUGAUAAGAGGGUUUCCAGGCAGCACGGGCUGCUGGAGAACCUGAAUGGACAGCUACGUCUCAAACCGAUCCACCUGAACCCAUGCUUCGUCCAGUCGUCCCUCACCGACGACCCUCGGCCUCUGAAGAAAGACACCUGGCAUCUUCUUCAUCAUGGAGAAUUGUUCUCUCUGCUGCCGGGCCAGUACAUCUACGAGGUGGCGUCUGAGUCGGGCGGAGAGGAAAGCACGCCAAGAAACAGUCAAAUGCUUGAAGAAGAGGAAGAUCUUCCUGUGUCACCUGAGCCAGAUGUUGAGCCAACUCAAGCUCCAGCCAAUGAGGAAGCUACACUGGCAACUCUGUCCAAUAAAGAAGAAGAAGAAGAAGAAGAUGGAGAAAAAGAUGGAGAAGCAGAAGAAGAAGCCGACAGAAGUUUAAAUAAGAGAGACAAGGCUCGACCACAGGAAGUGAAGACUGACCAGCGUGACGACGUUGCUUUACCUGCACAGAAGAAGAGAGUUUUACCUGCGUGGAUGAUGGCGGCUGUCUCAGCUCCACAGGCCUCCUCCUCCUCCGCCCCUAAAGCUGUAAAGAGGAGUAAAGGAUCCACAGCGACGCCAACCAGCACGAAACGAGCGGCGGUCAAACAGGCCCCGCCCACUAUGACAUCCACAUCUGGGAGGGCGGAGCUUAGCGAAGAGGAGGAGGAAGAGGAGAUGCCGAAGAAGAAGAGGAGGAAGAUGAGCGAUAAAGAAGAAGCUCAGCCCAAAUCAGACGUUCCUUCACAGCAGCCCACAGUCAGCAUGGAGGUGGAGGAGGAGGCACAGCGAGGCUCCACCAGCAGCGAGUCCGACAACAACAACAAGACAAAAAACAGACAGAGGACGACCAAAAAAACAGAGUCUGGCGGCUCAAACGGCGGCUCGGCGGCCAAACCCAAACUCAGAACACCGUGUCCGUACGGGAAAGACUGCUACAGGAAGAACCCGGCCCAUUUUCAGGAGAGCAGUCACCCUGGCGACACCGACUACGAGGACGAGGAGGAGGAGGAGGAUGAGGAGGAGGAGGAAGACCGACCCGAGUGCCCCUACGGCACCGACUGCUACAGGAAAAAUCCUCUUCACAGGAAAGAAUACAAACACACCAAGAGACCAGCUCGCACCACUCGCACCGUUCCCAAAAAGGCCUCCGCCGCCGAUGAUGAUGAUGACGAAGAUGACUUUGGGGACAAUGACAGCUUCAUUAAUGACGACAGUGAUGACUCGGGCGAUGACUCAGACUACGCUCCCCCCGCCGACUCUGGCGACAGCGGCAAGGAGGACGUCAAAAGACUGCAGAGAGAAGCGAAGGCCUUUCUGAAAAAGAGGAAGUAGAUUUUGUUUGUUUGUUUGGUUUGGGUUUUUUUAUGUGCAGAGACACAACAGAUCAUAAGGACACUUAAUCAGCUGGAGUAGCUGCGGCUGAGGCCUCAACAGCUUCAGAUACAGCUGAGAAUGAGCCCAAAAAACACUAUGAAGAGGUUAUUUUAGACUCUGUUUAGUAUCAAACUACAAUUCUUACUUCUGAUUAACUCUGAGAUUAGAUCUGGAUUUAAAUCUUUAUCUGGACUCUUGUUUGACUUUUUGUAUUUAGAUAUUUUACAUUUUAGCAACUCUGCUUUUUUAAACAUUUUAUAACAUUUGAUACAAAAGAUACCAUAAAAAGCACAUAUGUUUUUACUGGCAUUAUAUUUAAAUGUGCGACCUCAGUUCCAGUCAGUGUGUCGUAAAGUUAGGUAACCAGUAAUAAAAGGUAAUAUAGUUAGUUUAAAUGUUCAGACUUUGACAUCUUUGCCUUAAACUGUAUAUAAUAAGGACAGCUUUGUUGUUGUUUAGCUGUCGCCAUGGCAACCACAAACACAACCGCUGAUUUUUGUGUGACUGUCCUGCGACGUCCUCGUGCAGCAUUAAAUGUUUAAAAAAAAAUUAAGGAACUGGGAGAACUUUAUGAACUGGGAAUGUUUUGGGAAUCACUGGAAAUUGUUUAUAAUAGAUUUAUGAUCAACAUUCUGGAGAUGGGUUAAAACUUUAAUUUUUGUGUUUUCAACAUUUUUUGAAUUUCGGUUGAAGCUCCACCCGUUGUUGUAUCAGCCUGUAAAUAUGU